GGAUUGGCGAAUCUCGGUGAAGGGCCGGCGGGGCUCAUCGCCGAGCGCGUCCUCGCCAACGAUGUGGCUGACUACAUCCGCUUCCGGUCCGUGUGCCAGCCGUGGCGGCGGUGCUGCGCGGCGCCGCCGGCGGAUGACGCCUUGGACCGCCGCUUCCACCCGCGGCAGUGGCUCAUCCUCCCCGAGAAACCCCGCAUUCGCUACCACUGCCGCCUCCUCAACCUCUCCACCGGCGAGUGCAUCCUGGCGCACCUCCCGGAGUUCCGUGGCCACAGAGUAUUCAGCCCCUCCACGGAGGGCCUCGUCCUCCUGCUCCAUGAGAGCACCCAUGUCGCCCGCCUUCUAAACCCACUCACCCACCAGCUCACCGACCUCCCACCGGUCACCACUUUGUUGGACCUCCUUCUGCCGCUGUGUGAUCUCAGCGUGGACGGCUUUGGCCUCGCCGACGACCGCACGGUGGUGAUCCAUAACACAGUGUUCCUCGCCGUCGCCAAGCCCGGCGACAAGUGCUGGACGGCGGUCAACCUCAGCGAUUGUCUCCGGCCGAGCAUGUCAUUAGCGGGUCGCUUCUACGGCGUUACCAGCGAUGCCAUCAUGGUGGUGGAGGUCAGCCGGGAGAGCCAGACGCCGCAGCUGGUGGAGGCCGCCGACCUGACGUUGCAACACAGGUUCAGCAGGAUGCUCGGCAGCGCGCACCUGGUGGACAACAAUAUUGGCGAGCUGUUGCUGGUGCACCGUACCCUAAGUGGUAACAAGAGGUUGUACCAGGCGUACCGGGUGGAUUUGGAUGGGAGGAAGACGGUGCCUGUCCGUGGUCUCGGUGGUCGGGCCGUGUUCAUCGGCCAUGACUGCUCGCUAUCCGUGUCCCCUGCUACAUUCCCCUCGAUCGUUGGUGACGCCGUCUACCCGGGCUUCGACUGUGGGGAUAGAACUGGCCUGGAGCACAUCGAAGCCUAUCACCUGGCAGAUGGAACCAUUGAACACUCAUGCUAUGAAGACCCCGGCAAGGAAUGGGAACACCCUGUAAGUAUCGCUGAUUAUCUAUCCUCGUGGGUGUAAAUAAUAGGCUACGAUGCAGCAGUUGUAUCCAUCAUCUCAAGACUGUCCCCUGCAA